AUGACCCUGAGUGAGCACCUCAAGCCUCUUCAGUCCUUCCAGGGAAGCCAGGGACGUGCCUACCUCUUCAAUUCCGUGGUGAACGUGGGCUGCGGCCCUGCUGAGGAGCGUGUUCUGCUCACCGGCUUGCACGCGGUCUCGGACAUUUACUGUGAAAACUGCAAAACCACCCUGGGCUGGAAAUACGAACAUGCCUUUGAGAGCAGUCAGAAAUAUAAGGAAGGAAAAUUUAUCAUUGAGCUCGCGCACAUGAUCAAGGACAACGGCUGGGAGUAGCAUGAGCCCGCGGGUGCCGCCUGCCCGGCGCCGAGUGACCGGUGGCGAAGAAAGACCACUUCCUGGGCGCCCUCCU